UCCUACCACCGUACCACGUCAAACAUCUCUCCAUCAUCAUCAUCAUCAUCAUCUCCGCUUCACCUCACCAACACAGAAGCCGUCGUUCCGUCCAGCACCAGCACCCCAAACCCCCCAAAAACCACCCGGCGGAAUGGAUUAGUACCAGGGCGUGUGAUGGAUGUAUAAAGCAGGAAUGGAUUCCCGGUACCUGCUCCUCUCUCUGCUCGCACUUCAAGUGCGUCUCAGCGUCGCGGGGGAUCGUAAAUUCGGCUGCCUGUUUGAGAAGGAUCUCUGUAAGAACUAUGAGAUUUGUUUCAAUGAUGGCAUGUUCGGUCGUUGCCAGGCAAUAAUGGGAGCGGAUAUGUACACAUAUGAGGUCACACCAGCAAUCCUGCAGAGAUUCCAAGCGUUACUCCGGAAGCUCUCACUUCAGGGUCUGUCCUGGGAUGAUGAUGUUACUCAGCAGGUUCUGUCUAAAGAAAUAUCUAAAUUACGCCGGAUCUCCUUAACACCACUUGACUCAAGGCAAAAUCUUCAGACAGAUGGAAGACUGAAGGACAAAGUUAGCAUGGGUCUGCCAAAGUAUUUGCUGAAUCAGGGUCUGCUGCCUAAAGUAGGUGGUCAGGUCACUAAAAUGAAGUCUUCAUUCCCAUCUGAGUAUUACCGUUCUGGAAAACCUCUCAAUAAACUAAGCUCAAUUCCUCCUGAGUUCAUCCCUGAGUCACCCUAUCAGCCGGAAACUUACCCCGACCUCACUCGUUAUCAAAGUGACGCCAAGUACGGCGUUCAACAACAGCGGGAUGAUUCAGACCUCGUUAUUGCCUUAAAGCAGUACCUGUCUCAGAACAUGCAGAUUAAACCUGAACAGAAGGCUAGACCAAAGCCGGAGCCGGUGUUUCAGAAGAGUGGAUCAUCACAGUUACCUGUUAAAGGACACCUGACUCCGGUAGAUGAGACCUUCAUUCAGAACGUCCUACACAGCGCAGGACAACGAGAUGUAGAUGUCGAGAGUCUGAGUGCCCUGGAUCUGGACCAGCUGGCUGCACUGAUCGCUAACGCUCUCCAGGUCGUAGACCAGCGAGCAGAGAACGGACGUGUAAUUCAAGACCUGCAAGGAAAGGGAAAGUCUGGGGACCUGCGAACGGAGGGCCGGGAACGCGGACAAAUGCAAACCGGUUACCGGCAGCCGGGAGCGAAUCCAACGGACCAGAAGCACAGUGAAGAGAGUUUAUCUGUUAUUCAGAUGCUUCAAACCAGGCCAUCUGGGGCUGGGAGAAAGAAUGGUGAUGAGGAAUCAAUUGCAGACCAUAAGAACGCUGCACUGGUGGGGACGUUGCUGAAGUAUCUGGAUAAGACCUCACUCUCAGAGGCGGGACCUCCAGUAAAAGGGCAGGGCAUAUCCGUAGAGACGGUGCGCAGCAGGACGACCCAGCGGGAUGUCAGGGUGCAGAAGAAGGCCAUGGAGCAGGUGGAGGAGGUGGAGGGCUGGGUGGAGGCGGCAGCCAUAGGUCCCGCCCCAGCCUUAGAGAAGGACGUCCCACCACACCGCAAAAACAUGAGAGUGCAGGAUCUGCAGCUGGACGUGCAGAGCGCCGGGGACAGCGAUGUCUACGGAUAUAUCAUCACAGAUACUGACUCUCUCCCUACUGAUCAGGGUCUACAGCUAAUGGAGCGCUUGUGUCGCAAAGCGAAUAUUCAGAUGACUGACUUCGUUGAGCUCUCUGUUGUUGGACCGGCUGUGACAUUUCAGGUGCGCCCCAAUGCUCAGAAUGUGUCCACGGCAGACGUUGCCAGUGUGGCAGAACAUAAAAAGGACGCCCUGGGAAAGGAGGCCGGAGUAACCAUAGUCGAGGCAGGAGUUACUGAUAAGACCAAAAUAAAUCAGAUUCCCACCAAGUACAGCCACUCGGAGUCUCUGAAAUUUCUCAUCCUGACGGUGAUAUCCAUGGUGUGCAUCGUCCUUGUCCUGCUGAUCUCCGUCAUCAUCUACUGCCUCCGUCACAGAUCACAUCACAAACUCAAAGAGAAACUCACCAACCUCAGCACAGACCCCAGUACUGAAGCCACGGCUACCUACCAGGAGUUGUGUAGGCAGCGAAUGGCUGUGAAGCCUCCCGUCGAAAGGGCAGAACUUCGUCACUCCUCUCGUAUAAACAGCACGUCAUCACAGCUGAGCGACGGACCCAUCCCCAGCCCCUCCGCCCGUGCGAGCAUCUCCUCCUGGAGCGAAGAGCCUGCCCACACCAACAUGGACAUCUCGACCGGACAUAUGAUACUGUCAUAUAUGGAAGAUCACCUGAAGAACAAGAACCGCUUGCAGAAGGAGUGGGAGGCUCUGUGUGCGUACCAGGCAGAACCCAACACCUGCCGCAUCGGUCAGAGGGACUCCAACGCCAAGAAGAACCGUGUCGGCACCGUCAUACCCUAUGACCAUUCCAGACUUUGUUUGAAAGUGGAGAACAGCCAAGGCAACUCAGAUUAUAUCAACGCCAGUCCUAUUAUGGAUCACGAUCCGAGGAACCCAGCCUACAUUGCUACUCAGGGUCCUCUGCCCUCCACUGUGGCUGACUUCUGGCAGAUGGUGUGGGAAAGCGGGUGUGUGGUGAUCGUCAUGCUGACUCCUCUAACGGAGAGUGGUGUUAAACAGUGUUACCAUUACUGGCCCGAUGAGGGCUCGAACCUCUACCAUAUCUAUGAGGUAAAUUUGGUAUCAGAGCACGUGUGGUGUGAGGAUUUUCUGGUACGUAGUUUCUACCUGAAGAACAUGCAGACCAAUGAGAGUCGCACCGUCACCCAGUUCCACUACCACACCUGGCUCAACCAGCACACACCCGAGACCAACCAGGCUUUGCUGGACUUCCGCAGAAAAGUAAAUAAAUGUUAUAGAGGAAGAUCCUGCCCCAUCAUCGUUCACUGCAGUGAUGGAGCUGGAAGGACCGGCACGUACAUACUGAUUGAUAUGGUUCUAAAUAAAAUGGCUAAAGGUGCUAAAGAGAUUGAUAUUGCUGCUACGCUGGAACACCUGAGAGAUCAGAGACCUGGCAUGGUUCAAACCAAGGAGCAGUUCGAGUUUGCAUUGACUGCAGUGGCAGAGGAGGUGAAUGCUAUACUGAAAGCCCUUCCUCAGUGAGAAAUAACACGACCGGAGAAAACAACUGAGCCUCCUCUACUUUCUCUUUCUCCUUUCUGAAAUGUUCCUGUCCCUCAUCACACCUCUUUCACUCAGUCUGGAUGUAGUAUAUAAAGUUAGAACCCUCGUUCAUACAUAGAUCUUUCGUUUUGAAUAUUCUGACCCUUAAGUGCAAAGAGAAUUCUAAUGCUAUAAUAUUAAAUGUUUAAACUAUAUUAUUCAUGCUUUACGUUUCGUGUAUGUGAAUGUCCGUCUAUUUUUUUUUUUGUAAAUAAUCUUAAACAUCUAGCUAGCACAUUAUCAAUUUACACCCCCUAGUUUAAUCCCUGUCAUGUAAUUUUAUGAUGUCACUGUAAAAUAGCAAAAACUACCUAAUGCUGUCAACAUCUGCAGUUACAAAUCCAUGAAUGAGAUCUCCAGUGAUGUUUAUUAGGACUACAGUAUGUAUUUGAGGCCAAGAAAUUGUCCAAACGUUUGUUUCAUUAGCUGUGUUUAAGAUUCUCAUGGAACGCAGUACAUGUAGAUCAAGCAGAAAACCCAAAGCUUGUGAUAUUUUGCUUCUUAACUGACCUACAAAUCAAGACAUUAAAGACAGUGUUAUGUGCUGUGAUGGUGAAAGACAGGAUUUACAAGUUUACAUGAUGUAGAGAUGUUCUGAACUGAAGAUGUGAACCAUUACAUCUCUUUUACUUUGUUUCUGAAUAUUUUAAAUAUAGCCAUGCUUCAUAUUAUUGUAGACACCAUAUUUACAGAAACUAUUUUUCUCUCGCAGUAAAUCAAAUAUAGCUUGUCUUGUAAAUAAAGUUAUAUUGUAUGUGCAACAGAAAAAAAUAUUUGGUCAUUAUUGUAAUUAUUGUCAUUAUUAGUAGUUGUAAGCUGGCAAAUGCUACUUUCAACCACCAACUGGUGACCAACCAACCAAAUUCUUCAAAUUCUGGUGAGGUGUGUCACUUUCCUGUUGUUUCCCCACUUCUCUAAGUUAUCCAAACCACAGACUUUCAACUUAUGCGAAGGCUUCCCUAAAUAUUUCUGCAAUGCU